GUUUUCGUCACAGGCAUAACCCGGAUGUAGAGUGCCAGUGCUGACAAAAAAUCCUGUCCUGGAACAGACUGAAGAAAGCUGGACAGGAGGCCCAGGCAGACAGGGGGACACAGCCAGAGACAGACGGAGAGACGUACAGACAGAGGACCUCUCUCAGACUGACGGACAGAGGGCCCAGCUGGCCCAGCCAUGGCAUCAGCCAGCAGCACAUAUGUUUGAGGGACUUUGAUCUGGGUUAUAGGGUGCUGGUGCCUGUGGCUGUGGGUUCCCUGGACGUUCCCCAGACAUUCUCCUUGGCUGGACCCUGGUGCUGUGUGUGGAGGACUAGAGGUGUUAGUGUGUGUGGUGGUCUGGUUGAAUACUUAGCCCAUUCGGUGGUGUUGUUGGGCUCAGCCAACCCCCCCACGCUGCCCCCCUCCUGGCUGGUGCUCAGGCCCCACCCAGGCCUCCCCCGCCUCAACGCUGGCGAUGUCAAGAGUCCCGAGUCCCCCUCCCCCCGCGGACAUGUCCAGCGGCCCUGUUGCUGAGAGCUGGUGUUACACUCAGAUCAAAGUGGUGAAGUUCUCCUACAUGUGGACUAUCAACAACUUCAGCUUCUGUCGUGAGGAGAUGGGCGAGGUCAUCAAGAGCUCCACCUUCUCUUCUGGAGCCAAUGACAAGCUUAAAUGGUGUUUGCGUGUAAACCCUAAAGGUCUGGAUGAGGAGAGUAAAGACUACCUGUCCCUCUACCUGCUCCUGGUCAGCUGUCCCAAGAGCGAAGUGCGCGCCAAGUUCAAGUUUUCCAUCCUCAACGCCAAGGGAGAGGAGACUAAGGCCAUGGAGAGCCAGAGGGCGUACCGGUUUGUCCAGGGGAAGGACUGGGGCUUUAAGAAGUUCAUCAGGAGAGACUUCCUGCUGGACGAGGCCAAUGGGCUGCUGCCUGACGACAAGCUCACUCUCUUCUGUGAGGUGAGUGUGGUGCAGGACUCUGUGAACAUCUCAGGUCAGAACACUAUGAACAUGGUGAAGGUGCCGGACUGCAGGCUGGCUGAUGAGCUGGGAGGGCUGUGGGAACACUCCCGCUUCACUGACUGCUCCCUGUGUGUGGCGGGGCAGGAGUUCCAGGCACACAAAGCCAUCCUGGCAGCCCGAUCACCAGUGUUCAGUGCCAUGUUUGAGCAUGAGAUGGAGGAGAGCAAGAAGAACCGUGUGGAGAUCAACGAUGUGGAGCCCGAGGUGUUCAAAGAGAUGAUGUGCUUCAUCUACACGGGCAAAGCCCCCAACCUGGACAAGAUGGCUGACGACCUGCUGGCUGCAGCUGACAAGUAUGCUCUGGAGAGGCUCAAGGUGAUGUGUGAGGAUGCUCUGUGCACCAGUCUGUCUGUGGAGAACACUGCAGAGAUCCUCAUCCUGGCAGACCUGCACAGUGCCGACCAGCUCAAAACACAGGCUGUGGACUUCAUCAACUACCAUGCUGCUGAGGUGAUGGAGACGUCUGGCUGGAAGUCCAUGGUGGCAUCCCACCCCCACCUGGUGGCUGAGGCCUAUCGCUCCCUGGCCUCGGCCCAGUGCCCCUUCCUGGGCCCCCCACGCAAACGCCUCAAACAGUCCUAGUGUCCCUGGAUCCCUUGCCCAGCUCUGCUCUGCCCUGGGACCACAGAGGGCCCUACUCUGAUCUCCUCCUCCUCCAGGCCUCCUCCAGAACCUAGAGACGCCCAGAUUGAUACCAGAGCUCCUCCCUCCCUCCUCCCUCAGCUGAAAAGACAGGGGGAUGGUAUGGAUUUGGUACAAAGACGAUGACAAAGGGAUGAUCCACCCUUAUAACUGUUAUCAACUGAAUAUGGACAUUGACCAGUGACUGCCUUGUCUUACCCUGUACACCUGUAGAGAACAGAGUGUUUGGGUAGAGAGGGAGGGAGGGAGGUAGAAGUUGUACAUUGUUUUUGUUUUUUUACAUUUAAUUUUUUUAAAGACCUCCUUUCUUGUAGCAUUGUGUUAAAAGCCAAGCUUUAUGUAUGAAAUCAGAAAAACAAACAAAAAAGACAAUGGUUGAAGAGACAGUUUUGGGUAAUGAGGAAGUGCCACCAUGUCCCCUCCAUCUUCCCUGAGCAGAAAAACACCCCUGUAGUUCAUGUUUGACAUCCAUCUUGUACAAAAGAAGAACAUUGAAGCAUUUUUCUCGCCGAAGGGCAAAAAGAAAAGUGAUUUUUGCAAGAAACAAGAUGGAGAUGAACACGUUUUAAUGUUCAAAAUGUCCAACCUUUUUCUCUAAGAAAAACGACACACCAAAAAAAAAAAAACUGUUUUUACUCCAACCCUUUCAGGACUACUUUCCUCAUUGGUGGAAUUAGAAUUCACUCCUACAUGACUGUCACAACACAAACAAAUGUUUAGUCUCUCAACUCAACAUAAAAUACAGCUAUUUUGCAUUGUAAAA